GGGUCAUACACGCUCGGUGUAGCUACUCUGUGGCAGUAAGGGUGCCGAGGAAUACUGCCAAGUUAACUGAGGAUCAUCAUUACUUGACGGGCUUUGCCCACCGUAUGCAUUUGCUGAAAAUGCUCAGCAAGCAGAGAACCUCUCUUCAGUUGGGCUCCCGGCAGGCGCAGCACAGGAAUGCGCUGGUGCAGCUGCUUCACCAGCGCGCCAAUGUGCGCGCCAACGCCAUUGCCGGUACCGCGCCCGUAAGCAGCACUGGCCCCAGCGAGCCCGCGAAGGCUGGUACACCCUACUCAAACCUUACCAUUGGUGUUCCUCGCGAGACCGCUCCUGGCGAGCGGCGUGUGGCGCUGAGCCCGCCGGUUGUGGGUUCUCUGAUCAAGAAUGGCUUCAAGGGAGUCCUUGUCGAGAAGGGUGCUGGCGAGUACUCCCACUUCACGGAUGCCGACUUCGCUGCUGCCGGUGCUAGCCUGGUGGACACCGCUGAGGCCCUGAGCGCUGAUAUUGUUCUCAAGGUUCGGCCGCCAGCUCCGGAGGAUGUGGACAAGAUGAAGGAGGGCUCUGUCCUGAUCAGCUACCUCUACCCCGCUCGCAACAAGGAGCUGCUGGACGCGCUAGCUCGCCGCCGCACCACCGCUAUCGGCAUGGACUGCAUCCCGCGCACCAUCAGUCGCGCCCAGAUGUUCGACUCGCUCAGCUCCAUGGCAAACAUCGCCGGAUACAGGGCUGUCACGGAGGCCACCACCCACUUCGAGCGCUUCCUGAACGGCCAGAUCACCGCUGCCGGCCGCAUCCCGCCCGCCAAGGUUCUAGUGAUCGGCGGCGGUGUUGCGGGCCUCGCGGCGGUGGGUGCCGCCAAGAGCCUGGGCGCCAUCGUUCGGGUGUUCGACACGCGCACCGCAGUCAAGGAGCAGGCCAAGUCCAUGGGCGCCGAGUUCCUGACUGUGGACAUCGAGGAGGAGGGCGAGAGCGGCACCGGCUACUCCAAGGAGAUGAGCCCCGCGUUCAUUGAGGCGGAGAUGAAGCUGUUCGCGGCUCAGGCCAAGGAUGUUGACAUCAUCAUCACCACCGCGCUCAUCCCCGGCAAGGGCGCCCCGCUGCUCAUCACCAAGGACAUGGUGGACUCCAUGAAGCCGGGCUCCGUGAUCGUGGACCUAUCCGCCGAGGCGGGCGGCAACUGCGCCUACACCAAGCCCGGCGAGGUGAUCCGCACCUCCAACCGCGUCACCGUGGUGGGCUACACGGACAUGCCCUCCCGCAUGGCCGGACAGUCCUCCUCGCUGUACGCCAACAACAUCAGCAAGCUGCUGCUGUCGGCGGGACCCUUCACGGGGGGACCCAAGGGCGAGUUCAAGAUUGACCACUCCGACCCCGUCAUCCGCGGCUCGCUGGUGCUGGAGGAGGGCGAGCUGCGCUGGCCGCCCCCGCCCGGCGUCAUCCCCGCAGCCAACACCAAGAUCAACGAGACCAAGGACCACAAGAAGGAGACCGGACCCAUUGACCUGUACGAGCCCACCAAGAACAACGCCAUCACCGCCACCGCCGCCGUGGCCGGCACGCUGCUCAUCGGCUCCGUCUCCCCCAACGCCGCCUUCUCCUCCAUGCUCACCAAGUUUGGUCUGGCCUCCAUUUGCGGCUACCAGACCGUGUGGGGGGUGGUACCGGCGCUGCACUCGCCCCUCAUGUCGGUCACCAACGCGGUGUCCGGUCUCACCGCGGUGGGAGGCAUGGUGCUGGCUGGAGGUGGCCUGGUGCCCCACACGACGGGGCAGGCCCUAGCCGCCACGGCGGUGGCUGCCUCCGCGAUCAACAUCGGUGGUGGUUUCACCAUCACCCAACGCAUGUUGGACAUGUUCAAGCGGCCCACGGACCCCAUCGAGUACAACCACCUCUACGCCGCGCCCGCCGCCACGCUGAUUGGGGGUUACGUGUUGGGGUCGCUGCUGGCGGGCGGCGACUCCCCCGGGCUGACGUCGGCUGCGUACCUGGCUUCCUCCUCGCUGUGCAUUGCGGCCAUUGCGUGUCUGGCCAACCAGGCUAGUGCGCGCACGGGUAACGCUCUGGGUAUGGCGGGUGUGGGCGGCGGUAUCGCCACCACGCUGGGAGUCAUGCACGCCCCCGCUGCGGUGUUCGGACAGGUGCUGGCCAUGCUGGGAGCGGGAGCGGCCGCCGGCCACUACAUCGGCAAGACCAUGAAGAUCACGGAGCUGCCGCAGAUGGUUGCCGCCUUCCACUCGCUGGUGGGUCUGGCGGCCGCCGCCACCUCCAUCGCCAACAUCAUGGCGGUGGACCCCGCACACGGGCUGGACAUGACACACAAGGUCACCGCCUACCUGGGCGACUUCAUCGGAGCCAUCACCAUGACCGGUUCCGCCGUCGCGUUCGGCAAGCUGCACGGCGUCCUCAAGUCCGACCCGCUCUCGCUGCCCUUCAAGAACCAGAUCAACCUGGCGCUGCUGGCCGCCAACCUGGCUUGCGGCGCCGCCUUCCUGGCCUCUGACCCCUCCGACCCCAACAGCCUGGGCGUGGCGGCGCUGUCGGCGGUGGCGGUACUGGCGGGUGUGAAGGGCGCGCACAUGACGGCCAGCAUCGGCGGCGCGGACAUGCCAGUGGUGAUCACACUCCUCAACUCCUACUCGGGCUACGCGCUGUGCGCCGAGGGCUUCAUGCUCAACAACGACCUGCUCACCGCGGUGGGGGCGCUGAUCGGCAGCUCCGGAGCCAUCCUGUCGUACAUCAUGUGCGCGGCCAUGAACCGCUCCCUGGCCAACGUCAUCCUGGGCGGCUACGAAACCGCCGGCAAGACCUCCGAGGCGGCUGCCGUACAGGGCACCCACCAGGAGAUCGACGCCAACGGUACGGCAGAUGCGCUGGUCAACGCUGCCAAGGUCAUCAUCGUACCCGGGUACGGCAUGGCGGUUGCCAAUGCGCAGUACCCGGUUGCGGAGCUGGCGAAGCACCUGACGGACAAGGGCGUGACGGUCAAGUUCGGCAUCCACCCCGUUGCGGGCCGCAUGCCCGGACAGUUGAACGUGCUGCUGGCGGAGGCUGGGGUGCCGUACGAUGUUGUGUUUGAGAUGGACGAGAUCAAUGAGGAGCUGGACGACGCUGACGUGUGUCUGGUGAUCGGUGCCAACGACACCGUCAACAGCGCCGCAGUGGAGGACCCCAACUCGGUCAUUGCGGGCAUGCCUGUCAUCGAGGUGUGGCGCUCCAAGCAGGUGGUGUUCAUGAAGCGCACCAUGGGAGCCGGAUACGCGGGAGCCGACAACCCGGUGUUCUACAAGCCCAACACCUACAUGCUUCUGGGCGAUGCCAAGAAGAUGACGGACGCGCUGCUCUCCAAGGUCAACGAGAUGCUGGGGCUGAAGCAGUAAGCGAUGAUGCAGCGGAGCGGCAGCGGUUAGGGCUAGGAUGAGGAUCGUGAAGAAGGAUGCCGAGGAUACCGAGAGAAGGGAGCGCACCGAAGAACUAGCACCACAGCUGUCACACGCAGUGAGAGUGUGCAUUUGGCCGGAGGGUGCGGUUUCCGACGGGGUACGUUUGACGAGGUUUUAAGAGGUGCCACAGCGGUGAGGUUUUACUGAGAGGUAGUAGAUGCGCGAGGAGCGUCUUUUUUGGUUGCGGCGAUGAAGAGCUGUGCCCUGAGGCUUCACGAGGAGAGCAGUAGUGGUAAGUAAAGCGGCGUGCAGCUGACACAUGUGCUUCGUUCCUGCGGCGGAGACGUUGUGUUGUCGGUUGCCCGUUUUGCGUGUGAGAGGAGGGCUGCUGCUUUACCGACGAUGAUGAUGUAGUGCUGUACGACGAGUAAGGGUGGAAAGCUGAGAUCGAAGAGAUUACGAGAAGAGAUUACGACCGCGCGCGGGCUUCACCGUUUUGCAACAGCGGCGGUGGUGGGCGCGAGGAGACGGG